AUGAAUGAAUCGAAAAUUAUCAGAAGUGCAUUCACCAGUCCAUCACCAAUCACGAAUAAAUCGUUUUGUGAUUACUUCCUCGAAAAAGUUCGAAAAUACGACAUUUUGAAUGGAAAUAGUGAAUUUCAUGUGGAGCCACGCACGGAAGUGACUUUGAACUGUCGCGAUAUGCAUAAUCGAAUAGCUCAAAUGCGGUCUGCGCUAAUUCGUGUAGGCAUGGAAGAUGCAACAGUUGGUACCUAUGCAGGGAACUCAUCGGAUUUCCUUAUGUUCUGCCUUGCUGCGAUGGCUAAUAGACUAACAGUCCAAGAAUAUUUUCGAGACGUCGAUGUUAAAUGGAUUCUAACGGAAGAAUUGUAUAUUGAAAAAAUCCUUGCCAUGGAUCUACCUAAUGCACCGGCAAUGAUUUUUAUCUCUUCUGGCACAACAGGACCGCCAAAGAAAAUCGUACUUGAUCAUAGAGCCUUAAUAGCUAAUAUCGAAAUAACCCGGAUUAUGACGGAAGAACCAACAGAAAAUUAUCGAAUGGUUGUAUUGAAUGAAAACGAUGUAUCUUAUGGUGUAUUACCAUAUUUUCAUCUUGGCGGUCUUAUGACAGUUUUUUGUCAACUUGCUCAAGGAACAAAAAUAAUUAUUAAUCAAAGAUUUGAUGCCGAGAUUUUUCUUAAAGAUAUAUCAAAAUAUCAGGUAACUGUUCUCAAUAUUGUUCCUCCAAUACUAAACUUUUUGCUUGAUUCAAAUUUGGUGAAAACAUGCGAUCUUUCAACGAUACGGCUUAUUUUUAUUGGUGCAGCUCCAGUCGAUCCAUUGCUAAUUGGCGAUGCCAAAAAAAAGCUUCAACUUGAAAAUUUUAUUCAAUUGUAUGGUACCACCGAAGCAGGUAUGAUGGUCUUUAUGCAUCCUAUUUCUAGUAGAACAAAAUUAGAAAGUUGUGGAAUUCCGUUGCCAGGUGUCCAUUGCAAGAUUGUCGAUCCCGAAAGUGGAAAAUUGUGCGGAUCGCUGGAAACUGGGGAACUGUGGCUACGUACAUCAACGAUGAUGCCUCAGGAAUUGAACAAGCGAGUCUCGCCAUAUGAACUGGAACAAGCAGUUGCAGCUAUCCCUGGUGUCGAUCGAUGUGUUGUUAUAGGAAUUCCUGAUGCACGAUCGGGACAGCUUCCAAAGGCAUUCAUAUCCUUAAAACAAGGAGCUUUUCUUGAUGAACAAACAGUUCAUACUAUUAUCAACGAAAAAUUUGCGAGUUACAAACAUUUGGAUGGUGGUAUUGAAUUUGUCGAAAAUUUCCCGACCACAGCUUCGGGCAAAAUUGCUCGAUACAAAUUGUUAAAUUAA